AUGUCGUCCCUGUCCAAGACGGAAUUCUGCUCUCAGGGCGGAGGCAGGUCUGUCAUCAACUACUCGUACACAGACUUGCCAUGGCGGCUUCUGGGUUACGAUGUGUACUACUUCUUCCGAUUUUUCUGGGCAAUCCCCUACAUCGUGGUGCCUAUCAACAAACCCCUUUCGGGGUCCAUGAGCGAGCUCGCACCGACGCGCCAGAAUGCCUUCUGCAUCGCCAUCCACGUCCUCCUGUGCAUCUUACAGCUGGUUUUCAUCCUUCUCCUGCCCUUCGCCGCCAUUUUACCCGGCUGGAUCUCGGCCCUGGCCAUAGGUGCCUAUCUCUUCCUCAACACUCUAAUCUGCAAGCUGCUCAACGGGAAGGAGGAAACGUACUUGUCUACUGAGAAGUAUGCUCCAAAACUCGAGCAGCACGCCCACGAGCAAUGGAUCUACCUAAACGGUGUUGCAGCUGGAACACACUGGCUACAGAACAACCUUGACAGGCUGGCCCUCACCUUCAAGAGACCCAUCCUUGGUAUUCACAAUAAAACCGACGGCAUUCUUUUCGACGUCAUCGAGUGCCUAGUCCAGCGCACCUUUGGCUAUGCCACGGGCGAUGUCCGUCUUUGCUACAGGAUAGUCAAGGAAAAGCUCUACGACCCCCGGUUCUCCAAAGUCAUUCUUAUCCUGCAUUCGCAGGGCGGGAUCGAGGGUGGGAUGGUGCUUGACUGGCUUCUUCAGGAGCUCCCUCAGGAUCUCCUCGCUAAGCUCGAGGUGUACACUUUUGGGAACGCGGCAAACCACUUCAACAAUCCCCAUCGCCACAUCGGCUCCGAGGAAAGCACCGGGCCCGGCCUGUCUACUUCGGCAUCCAACCAGACCCCGGCCACGAGUGGCACCAACGGCGUCACCAAUGGCGACCAUGGAACAGCCCGCGUGGCGCGCCUCACCCGCGAGGCCUCGUCGUCACAGCCCUCUGCCGUAUCCGACCGGGUCAUUGGACACGUCGAGCACUUCGCGCACACGACCGACUUCGUGGCCCUGUGGGGGGUCCUGCACUUCGCCACGUCGGCCGUGGCCUCCCCCUCGAUGCCGCGCUUCAUCGGCCGCGUCUUCGCGCGCUCGUCGGAGCGCGGCGGCCACCAGUUCUGCCACCACUACCUCGACGGCAUGUUCCCCCUCAAGGCCGACGCCUCGGCCCCCGGCGGCUUCUCGGGCUGCCUCGAGGCCGGGCCGGACGAGGGCCAGAACGAGUUCAUGGACAGCGAGGUCGUGGUCGGCGCCGCGGGCGACGAGUACUCCGAGGUGCACAGCGCCUACGAGGCCUCCUGGUUCGGCGGCGGCGGCGGCGCCCUGGCCGGGCUCAAAGGGGCCGCCGCCGAUGGCAGCAGCGAGGUCGACAGGCUCCCCGCCGCUGCUGCCGCCGCUGCCGGGACGGGCGCCGUCGCCGACACGGGCAACGGCGAGGUGACGGUGCACAGCGCCAGCCCUGUCCUCAGCAGGGCGGGGACGAUGAAGCACGUCGUCAAGGUGAAGCACCUCUGUCGUCUUUGGCAGUACCGAGACGGCAGGAGCCCCGAGGAUGCCCCUGGUGGAGUUAAUGGCGUGUUGCGCGGUAUGACUUUGUAA